CUGCAAAUGUUUUCAAUUUUAUUUCCUGCCAUACUUUUUUUUUUUGGUUUUUUUCCCCCCACAUCAGAUGAGUAUUUUCUUUGGAUACGUUCAAAAUGCAGCGGAUGCGAUGCCUAAUUAGUUUACGGCGGCAACUGCCGCUUUUGGCCAGGCUGUUGCCGAGCUCUGGAGUGAGAUGUUAUGAAACUGGAGAGUACCUCAAAACGCAGUCGGAUCAUUAUUCGGGCACAAUGGCAGAAGUUGGAGCCAAGAUACGGGAGAGAACGGGCGUGGAGAGGGGUUAUCAUGUGGUGCCCAAGUCACGGAAACAUUUGCUGGAGCAUCAUCCCAAAAAGGAGCAAUUGCCGGCACGCAGCAUGCAGGAUUCCUACACGCACGCCAUAUUGCCGCUCAGCGUGGAUGAAAUGGCCAGAGAAAGAUACAUCAAUCACUUGGGACGCGUGCGCAUGGGACGCCUCAUGGAGGAACUGGACAUGUUUGCAGUUUGGCUUUGUCAUCGUCACAUCAAUAUUCCGGAUCUGCCCAAGGAUGUGCCAUUACCGUACACUUUUGUCACGCUCCUCGUCGAUCGCAUCGACUUCUCCGACAUUGAAAAUAUCCAAGUGAACAAGGAUAUCGAAGUAAGCGGCUUUAUAUCGUGGGUGGGCAAUACCUCCAUGGAGGCAACGAUCUAUACCCGACAGCUAUUGAAUGACAAGUAUUUGAAUGUGACCAAGGCGGUGUUUUUGAUGGUGGCACGCAAUGCCAUCAAUUCAGCAUCAGCGCCCGUUAAUCCUCUCAAGCCAGCCGAUGCCGUGGAGCAAAAGUGCUGGGAGGAGUCCGAUGAGCGGCAAAGAAAACGCAAAGCCACCGAAUCCCAAGGCGUGCUGGUGUGGCCACCACAACAACACGAGCAGGCCAUCAUGUAUAAUCUACUGCAGCGUACGACGCCCAAGGAUAGCUUUGAUUUGAAUCGACGUGCUCUGCCACCAAAAUGCAAUUGGAUGGAGGACAGCCAGCGAUCUACUAUGAUGAAUCCGUUUCCAGAGAAUCGCAAUGCACACAACACCAUCUUUGGCGGUUUCCUAAUGCGUCAGGCCAUCGAGAUUAGCUUCAUCACGGCCAGCAUCUAUAUGCGGGGUCGCCCCAUCUUGAUGUGCUUGUCGGACAUUAGUUUCUUGCAACCGGUGAAGGUGACAGCGUUUCUGCAGAUGACCGCCUAUGUGGUGUACACCGAUCAGAGCUAUAUACAGGUGAUGACCGUGGCUAAGAAUUGGCAGGCGGAGAGUGGCGAACCCACGACCACAAAUGUCUUCUAUGUCACCUAUAAGGCGGACAAGAUUGUUGAUGAAGUAUUGCCACGCACAUAUCGUGAGAUGCUUUGGUAUAUUCACGGCAGACGCAAACUGAUGGCUGCACUGAAUCUGCGACCCGAUUACCCCAUGCCCGAAGAAAAGGAGAAGCAAUCAAAUACAACGAUGACUGCGAAAUAAAUAAAAACAAAGCAUUGCAAGGGUUGUGUGUUUCUUUCAUACCUCAGACACAGAGUUCUCCGGUUAUUGUAAUUUUGUUUUUAUUUGUAAUCAGCGGGGGCUUGUACAAAGUAUUUUAAAAAAUCCUUAAAAGUGAAGCGCGCGAUGAUCUUUCCCUUAGAAGCGCAGACGGUGUGGGUAUUGGGAAGAGUGCAGCGCAAACAUGUUCUGCAAGUACUUCUUGAAGAACUUGCCCUCGGGAUGUGCCUUGAUUGCCUUCAGCAGAGCGCUGUCGACUUCCUUCUGGUCCUUCUUGCGCUGC